UCCCUGGAGCAGAAACUCAUGAACAGGAGGAAUUCUACGUAAAAUACCGCAAUUUUUCUUACUUGCACUGUAAAUGGGCCACAAUGGAAGAGCUGGAGAAAGACCCACGCAUUGCCCAGAAGAUUAAACGCUUCCGCAAUAAGCAAGCCCAGAUGAAGCACAUUUUCACUGAGCCUGAUGAAGAUCUGUUCAAUCCAGACUAUGUGGAGGUUGAUAGAAUAUUGGAGGUAGCUCACACAAAGGACUCGGACACUGGAGAGGAGGUGACACACUACCUGGUGAAGUGGUGCUCAUUGCCUUAUGAGGAAAGCACUUGGGAGCUGGAGGAAGAUGUUGAUCCUGGAAAAAUCAAAGAAUUUGAAGCUCUGCAAAUACUACCAGAGAUCAAAUCAUUGGAGCGCCCAGCCUCUGAAACCUGGCAAAAGCUAGUGAAAUCACGUGACUAUAAGAACAAUAAUCAACUACGAGAAUACCAGCUGGAGGGAAUGAAUUGGCUUCUUUUUAACUGGUAUAACAGGAAGAACUGCAUUCUGGCUGAUGAAAUGGGUUUGGGGAAAACAAUCCAGUCCAUUACAUUCCUCUCUGAGAUUUACCUGAUGGGACUUCGGGGUCCAUUCCUCAUCAUUGCCCCCCUCUCAACCAUUACAAACUGGGAACGGGAGUUUCGAACAUGGACAGAGAUGAAUGCCAUUGUAUACCAUGGUAGCCAAAUAAGCCGCCAGAUGAUCCAUCAGUAUGAGAUGGUUUACCGGGAUGCACAGGGCAACCCACUUCCUGGGGUCUUCAAGUUCCAUGUAGUUAUCACCACUUUUGAGAUGAUCCUGGCUGACUGCCCAGAGCUGAAGAAGAUCCAGUGGCGCUGUGUAGUCAUUGAUGAGGCCCAUCGGUUAAAGAACAGAAACUGCAAAUUGCUGGAAGGAUUGAAACUCAUGUGUCUGGAACACAAAGUACUGCUAACUGGGACACCUCUGCAGAACUCAGUGGAAGAACUCUUUAGUCUUCUGAACUUCUUGGAACCACAGCAAUUCCCAUCUGAGACAGCCUUCUUAGAGGAGUUUGGGGACCUCAAGACAGAGGAACAGGUAAAGAAGCUCCAGUCCCUCUUGAAACCCAUGAUGCUGCGACGGUUGAAGGAUGAUGUGGAGAAGAAUCUGGCACCCAAACAGGAGACCAUCAUUGAGGUAGAGCUGACCAACAUCCAGAAAAAAUACUAUCGGGCCAUCCUGGAGAAGAAUUUCAGCUUUCUGUCCAAGGGUGCCAACCAGCACAACAUGCCUAACCUUAUCAACACCAUGAUGGAACUGCGCAAGUGCUGCAACCACCCCUACCUCAUCAAUGGGGCAGAAGAGAAGAUCCUGGAGGAUUUUCGUAAAGCACACAGCCCAGAUGCUCUUGACUUUCAGCUUCAAGCAAUGAUCCAGGCAGCAGGCAAGCUGGUGUUGAUUGAUAAGCUGCUGCCGAAGCUGAUUGCAGGUGGUCACAAAGUGCUGAUCUUCUCCCAGAUGGUGCGCUGCCUUGAUAUCCUGGAGGAUUAUCUCAUCCAGAGGCGAUACACGUACGAGCGCAUAGAUGGACGGGUUCGCGGAAAUUUACGUCAAGCUGCCAUUGAUCGCUUCUGCAAGCCAGAUUCAGACCGCUUUGUCUUCCUGCUGUGUACACGGGCAGGGGGAUUGGGUAUCAAUCUUACUGCAGCUGACACUUGCAUCAUCUUCGACUCUGACUGGAAUCCACAGAAUGAUCUUCAGGCUCAAGCUCGCUGUCAUCGAAUAGGACAAAGUAAAGCGGUAAAGGUCUAUCGCCUCAUCACUAGGAAUUCCUAUGAACGAGAGAUGUUUGACAAAGCCAGCUUGAAACUAGGCUUAGACAAAGCUGUACUGCAGGACAUUAACCGCAAAGGGAGCACCAACGGGCAGCUCUCCAAGAUGGAACUCGAAGACUUACUACGCAAAGGAGCUUAUGGAGCUCUGAUGGAUGAAGAAGAUGAAGGCUCCAAGUUCUGUGAGGAGGAUAUUGACCAAAUCCUGCAGCGCAGAACCCAGACCAUCACUAUCCAGACUGAAGGGAAGGGCUCCACAUUUUCUAAGGCCAGCUUUGUUGCUUCUGGAAACAGAACUGACAUUUCCUUAGAUGAUCCAAACUUCUGGCAGAAAUGGGCAAAAAUAGCAGAGCUGGAUACAGAUGCAAAGAAUGAAAAGGAGAGCCUAGUGAUUGACAGACCCCGUGUUAGAAAACAGACGAAACACUACAAUUCCUUUGAGGAAGAUGAACUUAUGGAGUUCUCUGAGCUAGACAGUGAUUCUGAUGAGCGGCCCACACGCUCACGGCGUCUCAAUGAAAGAACACGUCGUUACUUACGGGCAGAAUGUUUCCGCGUGGAGAAGAACCUACUUAUAUUUGGCUGGGGGCGCUGGAAGGACAUCUUGAACCAUGGCCGGUUUAAAUGGCAUCUCAAUGAAAAAGAUAUGGAAAUGAUCUGUCGAGCACUCUUGGUCUACUGUGUCAGACAUUAUAGGGGAGAUGAGAAGAUUAAGAGUUUUAUAUGGGAUUUGAUUACUCCAACAAAGGAUGGACAGAACCAGGCCCUGCAGAACCAUUCAGGCUUGUCAGCCCCAGUGCCAAGAGGGAGGAAGGGAAAGAAAACUAAGAACCAGAUGCUUCUCCCUGAGAUCAAGAAUGCUGACUGGCUUACCACGUGCAAUCCUGAAAUCGUACUACAUGAUGACAGCUACAAAAAGCAUCUAAAACAGCAUUGCAACAAAGUGCUGUUGCGGGUACGGAUGCUCUACUACUUGAAAGCUGAAGUCCUGGGGGAGGCAGCUGACAAAGCCUUUGAAGGGACUCCAGCCAAAGAUUUGGAUGUCCUGUUGCCAGACAUUGACUAUAUGGAGAUCCCUGUGGAUUGGUGGAAUGCUGAUGCAGACAAAUCCCUCCUCAUUGGAGUUUUCAAACAUGGUUAUGAACGAUACAAUGCUAUGCGAGCUGACCCAGCCUUGUGCUUCCUUGAGAAAGUAGGCAUGCCAGAUGAGAAGCUGCUGUCUGCAGAACAGAAUAUCAUUGAUGGAGUGCAGGAUGCUCCAGAAAGAGGGAACAUGGAUAAAGAAGAGAAUAGUGCAGACAAGCUGGAUGAAGUGCAGAAACAGGAGGAACAACAGGAGACUUCAGAUUCUUGUGGGGAAGUCACUGAGAAGAAGGAUGACAGUGCAGCAGCCCAGGAUGGCUUGGAUGCAGACAAAUCCAGCUGGCCUGUAUCAUCUGCCCUCACUGCUAGAUUACGGCGUCUUGUCACAGUCUAUCAGCGCUGCAACCGUAAAGAGCUACCUUCUAGGCCUGAAUUCAUGGGGCCUUGCAACCAUGGGUAUUGGCUACAAGAGGAGAUGUUUAGAAGAGCCAAUGAGAUGGAUCCUAUAAACAAGGAGAUGCAGAAAAGGUGGACCAGAAGGGAACAAGCGGAUUUCUAUCGUACUGUCUCCUCAUUUGGGGUUGUUUAUGAUCCAGAGAAGAAGGUCUUUGACUGGACCCAGUUUCGAUCUAUUUCACGCUUGGAGAAAAAAAAUGAUGAGAGCCUUGAAAAAUAUUUCCAUAGCUUUGUUGCAAUGUGCAGGAACGUCUGUCGCUUGCCCCACUGGAAAGAUGAUGGUCCAGUAGAUCCUAGUGUUUAUGUGGAACCAAUCACAGAGGAGCGUGCUGCAAGGACACUGUAUCGAAUUGAGCUCCUACGUAAGGUCCGUGAACAGGUAUUGAGGUGUCCACAGCUGCAUGAACGACUCAAACUUUGCCGCCCAAGCUUGUAUCUUCCUGUGUGGUGGGAAUGUGGUAAGCAUGACCGGGAUCUGCUAAUUGGUACAGCUAAACACGGUCUAAACCGCACAGACUAUUAUAUCAUGAAUGACCCCCAGUUAUCAUUUCUGGAUGCCUACAGAAACUAUGCUCAGCACAAAAGAACAGGGGUCCUUGGAGCAGAAAACCUGUGUUGCCACCAUCAAACGAAUUCUAAACUAUAUUGCUCUCCUGCAUACAAUCAAGUGGAAAGUAAGCAUGCAUGUGUAGAGCCUGAAAAUGAGAGCUGUAUCAAGCUAAUUAAUUCAGGCAACAGUCUCUUGCAGACAGAAAAUAUUUCUCAGGAUGGGAGUUGUGAAAACAUUAAAAUCCAGGGUAUGAUUUCCCUUAACUAUGAUGAGAGUUCUUUGCCUGACUCGCUAAUGUGUAUGAUGUAUGAUGAGAAGGCCUGCAACAGUGAGCACAGCUCUCUUGCCCGUGACAGUCCCAGCUGCACAGACAUCAGCAGCAAUACUACCAAAAUGGCUGACAGUAAAAUAGAUGGAGAUGAAGAUCUAUCAAGCUGUGAUGCUGAGACCACAAGAGAACCCUCCUACUUGGAUCAUUUGCAGUUUGGCAGUGACCAGAUGGAGGAUCAAAGUGCACCACUGAAGGAGCCUUCAGUCAAAGAGACGAAGCUCUCUGACAGCUUUACUAUGGAACCAUGUAAUGAACUUCAUCACUUACAGAGUCAGUAUGCUAGCCCAGGUCCAGUCCCAUUUGAAAGAAAUGGAAUGGAAAGGGUCCUAAGUAUAGGAGUAUAUGGCCCUAGUCUUCAUAACUUUGAUAUCAAAGUCCAUCCUGAAAAGAGAUUCUUGGGGAUGUUGCAUGAAAAAGGCUUGGAAGAGAAAUCAGUGCAGAGUCAGAGCCACAGUGAAGAAGAGGAGGAGGAGGAAGAUGAGGAAGAUGAUGAUCAUCUGGAGGCAUCAGCUGACACUGUGCAAGAUUUGAGAGGCUGCUUAAAAACCCUAGAUGGUGGCAAAGUCGAAUCUAGUGUCCAAGAGGAGCAGAAGCAUGGUUCCUGUAUUUUCUCUGCCCUGGAUGCCUUCAUGGAAGAGAGGAACAAGGAGUUGGUUGAGUCAACCUCAAGUGAGCAGGUUGCAUCCAAAUGUGAUAGUGAGGUUGGGGUGGGGGACGAUGAUCAAGCCGAAUGCGAGAGCCUUGAGGAACACAUCCCAGCCAUGCAGGAGAUCCAGACUUGCCCUCACCACUAUCAACACUCUGCACAAAACCAGGCUUCAGUGACUCAGAUGGAGAUCCUUAAGUCACAUCCUGUUUGCAUUGAAGCAGACCCUUGGGGAGAUGACACUGAGGAGAAGGGACACAGUCCUAUUGCUCUGAAUGAAAUGAAGAGAGAAGAGGAAGAUUGUGAAAAUCAAAAUCUAGAGAGCAAAGAUGGAACCAGCCAAAAUCAAGAUCACUUUGAGAAUUUUUUAGAAGAUGAAAGUAAAAGUUCCAUAUGUCCUGUACACGGAGAGAUCGAUGAACUACAAGAUGUCCGGGCACCCACCAUAGCUCAACUUUUGCAAGAGAAGACACUCUACUCUUUCUCAGAGUGGCCUAAGGAUCGAGUGAUCAUUAACCGGAUAGAGAACAUCUGCCAUGUCAUCUUAAAGGGCAAGUGGCCUUCUUCCAACCAGCCAUAUGAAGUACAAAGCACAAUGCCUACUCCUGCAUUAGCUAGCAAUACAGGCAAUAGGAACAGCUACACUGAGCCCGAAACUUCUGAACUCAGUUUCAGCAAUGGAAGGACAGCUACACAGUCUCCAAAGGAAGGUUUUCUGGCUCCCACCUUUGUCAAAGAUGAGCCCAAACAUCAGCACCCAUAUGAAUUUGAAAUGGAGUCAGAUGCGAAGCAACGAAACCUUGAACAAUUGGUUGCAUCCCAUCCCCAUCCUUCAAUAGUGCUGAAUGGCUGGAGGGAUGCAGCAGUGGACCUCUCAAGAGUAUCUGAUGGAUCCCCAACAACCAGCUCUCCUUUUACUUUGAGCACAGGUAUACCUAAGCUAGGGACAGUGAAUGCCCUGCAAGGUUCCCUUGGCAUGGAUUUAUCUGGUAUUCUUCAGGCAGGGUUAAUUCAUCCUGUCACAGGACAGAUUGUCAAUGGGAGUCUACGAAGAGAUGAUGCUGCCAUGAGGAGAAGACGGGGUAGGAGAAAAAAUGUGGAAGGGAUAGAUCUCAUCUUUUUGAAGGAGAGAAGUCUCCAGACUGGGUUGUCGGAAGAUCAAGCCUCAACCAUACCAAGUAAUUCCAGUCCUGAUGAGCCAGCAAUUACUACCUCAAGUCAACAAACAGUUCCAGCCACUAAUAUUGAGGAAGAGAACAUUGUUCCAAACAAGAGUCUUCUAGACUGGCUAAGACAGCAGUCUGACUAUACUCUUGAAAUCCCUGGUUUUGGCACAAAUUUUUCAGAAAAGCCUAAACAAAGGAGGCAGCGCUGUAAGGAUCCUAGUAAAUUGGAUAUAAAUUCUCUCACAGGAGAGGAGCGAGUGCCUGUAGUCCAUAAGAGUACAGGACGGCGGUUAGGAGGAGCCAUGGCACCAGCAUUGAAGGAACUGCCAAGGUGGCUUGACGCAAACAUGGAAUAUGCAGUUGCAGCAGAUUGGUCUGACAUUGUUAAGCUUUCAGGUUUUUUACCUGAAAGCAAAUUUAAUCGUAUUCUCACUGAGCCUGUACUCCGAGAUGCAGGGCCCCGAAGGAGAGGAAGAAGGCCAAGAAGUGAAGUGUUUAAAUCUCCAGGCAUAGUAGCAGAUGUUUCUUCUGGAAUGGGACCAUUAUUCAUGAAUGGACUUAUUGCUGGAAUGGAUUUAGUAGGACUUCAGAAUAUCAGGAGCAUGCAAGGCAUUCCUUUAACUGGGCUGGUUGGGUUUCCAGCUGGAUUCGCAGCAGUACCAGCUGGGGAGGAUGUCAAAAACACUCUGAGUAUGUUGCCAAUGAUGCUGCCAGGAAUGGCUGCAGUACCACAAAUGUUUGGAGUUGGAGGAAUUCUCAAUCCAUCAAUGACAACUACUUGUACUUCACCUGCUUCAGCUUCAUUAGCAAACACAGCUAAAAGUGGUACUUCACAUGCAGACAAAGAUGCUGAAGACAAACAAAGUGGCCAAAGUGCAAAACCAGAAACUAUUUCUGAAGAUAAGUCAAGUCCUGGUUCAUUUUCUGAUCAGUCUGAACCUGCAAUAACUACCAGUAGUCCUGUAGCUUUUAACCCAUUUCUUAUUCCAGGAAUGUCAUCUGGAUUGCUCUAUCCCUCAAUGUUUCUUUCUCCUGGUAUUGGCAUGGCAUUGUCAGGCCUUCAGCAAACCAGACACUCAGAAGCAACAAAUGUAGAAAACCAGAAACGAAAAAGAAAGAAAACUAAAGGGGAAUCAGGAAAUCCAGAACCAGAAACUCUUUCAUUGUCUGACAAGGAACAUGCAAACAAUCAAAACUGUACAGAACAAACAUCAUACGUGUCAGCAGAGAAUGAAUGCAAUGUACCAGCAGAGGAGGAGGAAGAAGAGUUAAAAGAAGUUAAAGAUAUCAAUUAGAACAUUUCUUUCUUUCUGAAAACAAUAAUGUUGUGGCUUGUAAAUUCUCAUCACGUAAAUAAUCUGUUAUUGCCCUUUGUCCCCAUUUGACCUUCAUACAAACCUGUGUUUCUAUAGGUAAUAUAACCUACCUAAGUUCCAGUAAGAAAACUAUGGUGGCAUGUUAAUAGUUGCAGGGUCUUGCCAUAGAGAUAAGCAUUGUUCUAUCAUUAGUAGGGAAGGUGCAGAAUUCUUGUUCAUUUGUCCAGAUGUUCCUCCCUUUCUUCUCCCAAACAGUAGUAAAUAAGUAUUUGGUCAUUCUCAAACUGCUUGUUUGUUUGAAGAGGGGAAAAUCUGAGUAAAAGAAAGUGCUUCUGUUAUGAUGGAAACAAAGAAAAACACAAGAAAGGGUAGAUGUUUUUACUAUGACACUGAAUUUAAAAAACUUGUAUUUUGGGGUAAAAAGCACAGUUAUAGUAAGUGCUAAUGUGUAUUUUUUGAUUUAAAGUAUUUCCCUAUUUUAUCAUGGUUACUAGAAUAGUAGUAUAGACAAAAGUAUAUAAUUAACGAUUGAAAAUGCAUAUAUUCAUUUCUUUUUUAAAAGGCAUUAAUAGUAGAUAUAUAAUUUUCUCCUGUUCACACUACAAUGUUUUGGAAACAGACUGCUGUAAGUCGACAAGAUUAUCUGAACUUUUAUAUUUCUAAAACCAAAUUAUGUUUUAUGUUGAUGGUGCAUUUCAGUUGUCCUUCUUUGAUUCUUAGGCCAUUUCCAGCUCCUGCUGAAAUACUGACGCACAUCUUGCAUGACUUGGGGGACAGUAUUUGGGGGAGGGAGUGCAGUUGACAGGAAGGGGCUUCAGACUACCUUUUUUUUCCAUCUUGAUAUCAUUGAUUUUUCACAAAGAAUUUUUUUCUUGUGAAGAACAAAUAAUGGAUUCUAAUUUUUUUAUGUAGGAACUGGAUCUGAAUUUUAUCAAUUCUUAUCCUUCUCUGAGAAAUGUUUUUGAAAACAAUUUAAAAAGCUGUAGAAUGGGCUUUUUCAUUUUAGGUGGCCUUUGGCAAAGAGUGUUGACUGAUUCAAAGCUUGAGUUUAUCAUCCAUUUCUAGUAUUAGACUGUGAAAACAUUUUUGCUCUUUGUUCCAUUUCUCUUGAUCCCUUUCAUUGUUAAAUGGUAUUUCCUAGCCUCUGCAUAUAUUUUGUGUAAAUGUUUUUAAUGGAUCUUUUGAAAAACAUACUAAUAGGUUUCCAAAGCCCAGUGUCUUGAAACAUGCUCCACAAGCAAUUCUUAUGUAAUUUUUUUUUAUUCCCACUCCUAUUUUAUUUUUCGUUUACUUGGGCUUGUUCUAAUUUGCAACUCAUGGUUCGAGACUUGAAAAAAAAAACACUUUGUGGUGCGAUGUUUAAAUGGCUGACCAUUAGAGGGGUGUGGGAGUGUAUACUAUUAUUCAGUUUCACAUUUGGUUUGUUACAAUUUACUGUAUUUUUUACUUUUUUCUGUUACAGUUUUGCUAAUUUAUCAAAUGGUCCAAAUGUUUUGACAUAACUAUUUCAGUUUGCAUUAUUUAUUUAUGAUGCGUUUUUCAUUGUCUUUUAUACAUUUGGAAUUAUAAAGUAUGUACAUGUUAAAAUUAGCAUCUCAAAGAAGUCUGUUACCCACAGAAUGAGUCUCUUAUGUUGCAGUGAAUUCUCAUUUUUGGGGUACACAUCAGUUUCAAUGAUUUAUACAAUUGGCUAUAUUAUUGCAAAAAAAGAUAUAUGAAUGGAUGUCAUAUGCCUGUUUAAUACCACCUUGUAGCAUAGAUACUGUAUUGCUGUUGACAGAUUUCUUAGAAAUGCUGCUAUCUCUGUUUAACAUUUUGUUCAGUUUUGCCUCCAGUGGAAGCAGAGAGGUUUUUUUCAGCUGUUAAAUCCAAAAUCAAUAUAAUUUAUUUAUGUAAAAAAAAAUCACUUGAUAUAUUUUUGAACCUCUUAAGUACUAACUUUUUAUUUAGCAGAAGAACAUGUACUUGCCCUAAAUCCUUAAAAUACAAAUGCUAUAAAACUUCAUAUAUCUUGAAAGCCUUACUCUGAAUGGAUGCAGAUCUCUCUCUGAAAUCUAUAUGUAAUAUAUAAAUAAGGAUUACCUGCCAGGGCUUUGCUUGUAAGGAACAGGGUUGAGAAUGAAAUUUAGUUUGUCAGCUUGUUCUAUGUUCUUUGUUCUUUCUUAUUUAACGUGUGUGUGUGUGUGUGUGUCUGAAUAUGUAGGAUUCUGUUUGACUUUUAAUGUGUGAUCCGUUGGCAGUGAUGAAGCUGUUAUGGCUUAUUUACAGUGAGACAUAAAUGGCUUUUUAAACCAUAGCCAUCUUCAAAAACAAUUGCAAAUUUCACACUUAAUUCAUAAACACACAAACAUAGAUGCUUCAUCAACUAUGCUAUUAAAAUAAAAUUGUCUGUGUUUGUAAACAUGGAUAAAUAGAUUUAAAAAUCAGAUUUUUAAUUUUUUAAUUUAGUGCCUGUACUAUGCGUUUUUAAAACUUCCACAGAGCCUUGCAAAAGAUGUAAAUACUUUUUUCUAGGAAAUAUAUUUCUGAUUGUUUUGCUUGACUUGCAACUAAACAUGAUUUGCCUGUUUCUCAGCAUGAGCACUGUUUUGGCCUGUAGCUUACCUUUUUUCCCUAUUACUAUACCUUUUACCCAAGAAGUCCCUGCUGUAUAAACUAUGCAUCAGUUUAGAGCUGGAUAGCAGACUGAAUAAUUGCACUGUAUGUACAUACUCCAAGAAACCAAACUGCAGUACUGUUUAAGCCAUUCCAAAUAUCAGAUAGUCUUUUCAAUUUUUUUUUAAUGUCUUACUUUUUUCCAACACUGGGAAACAAAUAUAGCAUUCUGUUCCAUAUUACUUAACUACCAUUGUCUUUAAUCAAUCCAAGUUAUACAGCUAGAAAUGUUCCCUGCUCCAAAGUCAGCAGAUUCUUUAAGGAGAUUCAUGUUACAAUAAUAAUCUAGUACUUUACACGCAUCAUAAGGUAAAUUUGCUGACAUAUAGUCAGACUUCUGUAUUUGUGGGGGACCAUUCUGGACCCACCCACCCCUGUGGAUAGGAAAAUCCAUGCGGGCUCAAGUCCCAUCGAAAGUAGUGGCAGCAUGAUGUGUGCACACCUGCUAGUGUGGUUGCGUGCACACACACUGCCAUUAACCAAAAUGGGGGCUUGCUGUCCAUGGAUGGCUAAAUCUGUGGAUGGUAAGUCCGUUGAUAAGGAGGAUGGACUGUAUUUAAUUAGCAAAAUUAAACAUGUAAGGGCAGUCUUUGAGACUCUGAGAAUAUCAAUGUAAUAUUUGCUGCAACAUUAGGCUUCUGAAAAUUACUGUUAACAUUCUUUAAGAGGACAUCCUUGUGCUCUUGUGUGAAUAUUCUAGUGACCACAAAUGCCAUUAUUACUUAAAUUUGCUACUCUUAUUUACAGAUAGACUAGCAAUAUCAUUCAGCAUCAAUUUCCAGGCUAUUCAUAUAAUUAUUGGGGGGGCCACAGACUGACCAGUAUACAAGGACCUAAAUUCUAUAGGCUUUGGACAUAGAAUAUUUUGCUAUGCAGUGUUCUAUUGAAACAUAAAACUUUUAGGAAAUUCUGUUUCAGCAUACAGAUGUUUAUACAUUGUAAACAGGUUUUAAUGUCCAGAAACAAUUGUAAUGAUAUAAUAUAUCAAUCAUCCUCAGUGUUUACAACAAUGUGGAUUGUCUCUUCUCUGGUAAAUGUCCUUUCAUUUCAGGAGGUAGGAGAAUAUUUCUUUCAGGCAGGACAAGAUUAAGGAUUAGAAGCAGGGACAUUGGCCAGCAUAGGAAGGAGACAUCCUACUAGGCUGCCCAUGCUCUGUUAUUUUAAGUAUUAAUUUUUAUUCAACUGUAGUACCACAAAUCAAGAACUGUACCAUUGUCUUUGCUGCCAUCACAGAAAAAUAAUCUCAGAAAGAGAAAUUUAUUUCUAUACUCAAUACAUUCUCUUCUGGAUAAUUU